AUGUCGACAGCAAUUAAUGAACAAACGAUGCCUUCGUACUACUACUAUGUGGAUCCCGAAAUAACAUAUCAGCCGCAGAGACCCAAUCCUCUCGAUGAUCUGAUAUCUGUCUACGGAUUGCAGGAUUUAUCACAGCAGGUAGCGAGAACAAACCCGGAUGGGUCGAAAGCUAUCAAGCUGAGGAAGUCUUACAAGAAUCAGAUAUCUGAGCUAUCUGGAAAAUUCACCACAAUACCGACUAGGGAGAAUGGAAAGGGUGGCGAGAUAUCACACAUACUGUUUCAAAAUAAUCCUGAUAUGAUGAGCCAUGUACGUAGGGAGCCCGGGAUGACUCCCGAGCAAUACCAUGAGGCGAUGAUCAACAGGGACUCGUCUCUAUUUGAAGCUCCCAACAUGGACUGGAACAUGUGCCGUUCAGUGCUCUCGCAGUUCGAAAGGUCAUAUCCCACAGAGUUUCAGAAUCAACUGGGCUUCCAGGUAGACGAUCUGGCGUUUGACUUGGACGGCACCGGUAAGGCCAGUUCGAAAAAGAGAAAGGUCAAGUCCAAUGGAAGUUCAAUGGCAACGCCUAAUAGCGACAUGCAGGAGGACGUGAAGCGGAGAAGGCUGGAAUGA